UCUAGGAGGUAAACAUAGAGUACUACUUAGCAGAUUAAGGUUAAGUCAAAUUUGACUGACCGAUGUAGGUCAAAUUCUGCUGAUCGAUUCAGGAGACAUGAUGAGAAAGUUUAGGCUAUUUCUACUAGAGAAAAGAAAAAACAUAAAUCCCAAAAGCUUAUAACAUGAGUCUAGAAGAUGGGGAUCAUACAAAAGUUUGUGACAUUGGAAGAAAUAGUCUUAAAGUUGCAAAUUGAGUAGCAAAUAAUUCUUACUGUGGAGAAAAGAAUAAGUAAGAAGAAAUUCUCUGUCAUUCCUCGGUCGUCCUGAUAACUUAAUGUUAUCUCUUGGUUCUAAGUCUCGCAAUAUUCGUCUCCAUCGUUUUUAGUAAUAACACACUCUUUUUAUAUCAAUUUUGUAAGUUUUUUUAGAGUUUUAAAAUAAAAUAUCAAAUACUAUAUUUAAAUUCAAAUUGAAAUAGAAAAUAGAAAAAUAUAUUGAGAAGUUAGAAACAAAAUCUAAUAGUAAAACACCCAAAAAGAUAACAACAAAAGUUAUCAAAAUCUUAUUCGUAUUUUAUGUUUAACACGUAAGCAAAAUCUUAUCGUUUACAAAAUCUAUAAUAAAUUUCAUUGCUAUCCUUUAAUUAUCCGAAUGAUUUUUUAAAUCUUAUACAACAUGAAUUUCAUUUGUUUACAAUUUCGUUAUAAAUACUAAGAUAAGGAAGAACAAAGCAUUUACGAGAAGCAAAAUCAUAAUAAGUGGCACUGCUAGUCCCGGCAUGAGGAGUGAAUCUGAUGAUGAUGAUCUAUGAGGUAAAAUAGAGUACUAUUUGCACACUAGGUUAAGUCAAAUUCUACUGAUUGAUGUAGGUCAAAUUCUGCUGAUCGAUUUAGGAGAUGCGCUGAGAAAGUUUAGUAUGUUCAUACUAGAGAAAAAAAGAACAAGAACCCCAACAGCUUAUACAUGAGUCUAGAAUAUGGGGAUCUGAAGAAGAAAAAUUUGUGACAUGUGAAGGAAUAAAGUUUUAAAGUUGCAAAUUGAGUUGGAGAAAAGAAGAAAUAAGAAGAUAUGCUUCAGACAUUGUCAUUCUUUGUCGUUCCUUGGUCAUUAUGAUAACUUAAUGUUAUCUUUUGGUUCUAAGUCUCGCCAUAUUCACUCCAUCGUUUUAAGUAAUACAUACUUUUCUUAUAUCAAUUUCGUAUUUUUUCAGAAUUUUAACUAGUUAAGAUAAAAUAUCAAAUAUAUAUUUAAAUCCAAAUUUAAAUAGAAAAUUGAAAAAUAUAUUGAGAAGUUAGAAACAAAAUCUAAUAGUAAUACACCCCCAAAAGAUAAUAACAAAAAUUAUCAAAAUCUUAUUCGUAUUUUAUGUUUAACACGUAAGCAAAAUCUUAUCGUUUAAGAAAUCUAUAAUAGAUUUCAUUGAUAUCCUUUAAUUGUCCGAAUGAUUUUUUUCUAAUCUUAUACGAGAUGAAUUUCAUUUUCUUAUAAUUUCGUUAUAAAUACUAAGAUAAGGAAUAACAUAUCAUUUGAGAUAAGCAAAAUCAUAAUAAGUGGUACUACUAAUCUCAACGAUAAGCCAUAUAAAGUUAUGACGAAAGAUUUUGAUCUAAAGAGGAGCAAAUCUGAUGAUGGUGAUCUAGCAAGUAAACCUAGAUUACUACUUGCAGACCAGGUUAGGUCAAAUUCUACUGGUCCAUUUAGGUCAAAUUCUCUUGAUCGAUUUCUGAGACGUGCUGAGAAAGUUUGGGCAGUUUCUACCAUAGAAAAGAAAGAUGUUGAAUCUCAAAAGCCUAUACUGGAGUCUAAUCAGCCUAUACUGGAGUCUAAUCAGGGACCAGAAGGAGAAGAAGAAGAAGAAAAAGUUGGUGAUCUGGUGCAGGUGGGACAACACAACUAUUUCAUAGUUGACAUCUUCGAGAAAGAGAUCAUGGAGUUAGGAGACAAAGUGGAUCUAAACUUCAAGACAUUUAACAACUUCGAAGUUGUUGACGGAGGCGCUCCAUUGGAUCACCACUUCUACAAAUACAGGUGUUGUUACUCCUCUUGCUUAUGCUUCUGCACAAACAUUAAUGUUGAGAGAGAGUGGGUAAUUCUAAAGAGACAACUAGCCUUGUGGGGGAAGAAGGAAGUCAGCUUCUGUGUGAGAACUUACACUGAAAGAAAAGAGCUGAUGAGAGUUGCUGCAACCGUGACAAACGGUGAUCAGAGUCACAUGUUGUUCUUCUUUGACAUUAGGUUCCCUAAGAAGUAUCCAUACCAAGCACCGAGUUUCUUCUACCAUCCAUAUGGUCUUCCUUUGAGUAAUCUUGGAACUAAAAAGAAAUUGAGACCUCAACUGCGUUACAACCUAUUAGAUGUGUUUCUCCACAUUGAAGAGAUUGUGAUGAUGAACACCAACAAGUCAUAUCUUCAGAUGGUGGAUAUGCUGAAGCUGCGGCCCAUGGGGUUUGAGGAUUUUGUGAAGGGGCACUUCAGGAAGAAGGGGGCUUUCAUUCUGAGGAACAUGAUGGAUGAGAUGGAUUUGGACAAGGAGAGUGAUAAGAACAUGUUCUUGAAGACGUACAUUGCCUUAGAAGACAACAAAGCUUACUGUGAGCAUCUUCUCAACAGUGAUCUUAAAGAAGAGCUGAAGAAAUUCAAAGAGAAAGAGUCUUCACUAUGCGAGCAUAGCAGGUUCAAUGACAAUCAAGAGACAUCCAAACACCAAAACUCUUGGACCAAGUUCUCGUUCUUGUAGUUUGUGUUUAUCUUACCAUUUUGUUGUGUGUUUCAGAGAUUUUAAUAUGGUAAAGGUUCUUAUAAGACCAACAAGUAACUUAUUAUAAAGGGUCAUUGUCUUGAAUAAGGUAGAUGAUGAUGAUUUACAGCAAAAGAAACUCAUGAGUAAUACAUCAAUUGGCCUCAUCAAAAGGGGUGAGUUUCUAAACGGUGACUGUGAUGGCUUCAUCAAGAGCGAUCACACCGGGAAGUACCUUUCCUUCCAAGAGCUCCAAGCUGGCUCCACCACCAGUGGAGAUGUGACUCAUGACUCCUGCAACUCCAACUUUCUCCACUGCAGCCACUGAGUCUCCUCCUCCUAUUAUAGUUGUCACUCCUUUCUCACUUAGCUCUGCUAGUUUAUUCGCAA